AAUUUGGUAAUUACCAUUUUAAUUCAAUUUUUUUUCCUUUCUAGCAAGAAGUUUUGUUUGGCUAAUUUGCCUGUCCAAACUAGAAGGAAAGAUGCACCGCAGUGGUAGGCUAAUUGAUUCAAAAACCCUUACCACCCAUAUCGUGUUUAUCAAAGUGCAUCGAACUAAAAAAAAACACAAUGCUCAAAAUUUGAAGCAGUAACCCUGAAGGCGCGAAGCGAGAAGAGUAACUACAAGGAUUUAAAAAUACUGAGCCAUCAACACCAAGUCUUGAAACACCUCCCCUUGGUGUGACUAAGCCCGCAAAACCAUCUCAAUCAGCUUGACACGAACAAUAUGUAUUUGCAUUGCACCACUUUUACCUAUACCAUAGGAUCUUCGGUAGGCACCCUGACUUCACUCAGGUAACAUUAUGCAGAGAGAUAACUAGUAUUCCACGCAGCGAACCCACAUUGCCCAUCUGCUCUUCAUUUUUUGUUUCCUUCUGCUCUUUCUCCAUACCGCUACAUCUGAACUCUUCGUUCGUCUUCAUCCGACUGCGCUUCUGUUCGUCCCAGUUUCUCGAAAUCUCUCCCUCUAUUGUGUGCUCCUGCAUUAAUAAGUUAGUUAGUAUCCUCUUUUCCUUUAUCUCCCCUCUGGAUCAUUGGAGAUGCCAUCCAAUACCACAUUCUUUCAUCACCAGUCCCACACCUUGCGGUCUCGUUAAAGGGUGUCCCUCUCCUCCCACCUGCUUAACUUCUUCACCUUCAUUGCCUGUGCUACCCCCUAUCCCCUUUCAGACACUAGCCGUUUAUUUCCUACCACGAACCUUCCUUUUCCAUACAGUUCAAUCACAUCCAGGAAGCAUAGGCUUUGCACUUUCUCUCUCGCAGCGAAUCACAUUCACGUCUCUUCAAAGAUUUUCCAUAUCCAGUAAAACUCGUGAUCUCACAUAGACGGUAGAUCUUCCAUGCCCAUUCAAAAUGAUACUCCUCAACGCAAACAAAUCUGCGAACAUAGCCACCUUGUUCAUCGUAAUCUCAUAAGAAGAUCAUGCACUUUCAUUCACAAUCCUGCAUGAACCGGGAACUUUAAGCAGUAAAUCUUCCCCUCUUAAAAGGUUAUGAUCUAAUAACCAUGGCUCAUCCGCCAUAAUAUGAUUCAAAUAAUUUUCUAACUGCAGCCAAGGUGUCCGCCAAAAUAUGAUUCAAAUAAUCUUCCCCUCAUACGUACCAACCAUAGCUAGGGCUGAGCAAAACCCGAUCCGACCCGAAAAACCCGAUAUUUUUUUCGGAUAUUAUCCGAACCGAAGUGGAUAUCCGACCCAAAAAACCCGAAACCAAAAAUCCGAUUAGUAUUGGGCCUAGACCGGGUGGCGGGUAGGGUUUGUGAAAUCCCAACCCGACCCGCCCGAAUAUCUGAAAUAUAUGUUAGUGUGUACUUUGAAUAUUUAAAUUAAUACUUGUGUUCAAUUAUUUGUGUAAUUAUUUGUGCAAUUUGUAUUAAAUUAUUUGUGUAAAUUGAAUGUGUACAAUUUUGUUAAAGUGGCAUUCCAACACUUUAACUAUCCAAUUAUAAUGUAUUUUGAUAUAACCAAAAUAUCCGAAAUAUAUUAAAUGAUGUAGUGUGUACUUUGAAUAUGUUAAUUAAUACUUGUGUUCAAUUAUUUGUGUAAUUAUUUGUGCAAUUUGUGUUAAAUUAUUUGUGUAAUUUGGAAGUUUAGUGCACUAUUGUGUACAAUUUUUGUCAAAGUGACAUUUAAACACUUUAAUUAUCCAAUUAUAAUUUUUUUUAAUAUAACCGAAAUAUCCGAAACCCGACCCGAUAUCCGAUAAUAUCCGACUUAAAAAUAUCCGAAAUACCCGAUUUGAAAUAUCAAAGGGUCGGGCCUAGUAUUUAAAUUAAAAAACUCGAACGGGUUUAGGGUUCGCAAACCCGACCCGCCCGAACCCGACCCGUGCACACCCCUAACCAUAGCCAUAUGUGGUUCAGUAAUUAGCCCUUAUCUUCCUCCCUCAUCAGUCUCGAACACUACUGCCUCUUCUCUUUACCCGAUUGUAAAAGACAUAGAGCAAGUGGUCACAAGCCUUUGUGGGAAACUUUAUUUCCGCUACCUGUAACUGGUCACAAAGCCUUCACAUGUACUUAGACAGAGAUUCCAAAAGCAAGUGCUAAGUUCAGGUUUAGCAUCACCUCGUUUCAACAAUCUUUAAGUGAUUAGUAGUACUCUUUGGAAUUACAUUUGUCCCAUUUAAGAUAAUAAUUACUUCAUAAGUAUUCUACAACUUUAUUUUAUUAAAGAAAAUAUUCUAGUAAAUCCUUAAUUAGUACGGAGUAUGUUUAAAGCCUUAAUUAGUAAUAAUAUUCUCAUCAUACCUUUGUCUUUAAAAUUAGCUGUAGUAUGGUGUACUACUAGUUGAAUUUGAUAAGAUAGUGGAUGUAUACUGUACAGUGUACACAUACGGAAUUCUUAUAUAGUCUAGUAAACAGGAUUACUCUUCCCUGAAGAAAAGGCUCCUUGAAUAUGGCCUUCCUCUGUUUUUUUCUUCUGCUUUCUCUCUUCGACUUAGUGUCCUAUUCCGGAGCAGAACUUACCCGUGGAAUAGGAAUAUGCUACGGUCAACUGGGGAAUGAUCUUCACGUCCCUGCAAAAUCCGUGGAGCUCAUUAAUGGCCUCAAGGCGGAGCAGGUCAAGAUCUACGAUGCCAACCCAGAUAUCCUCAAAUCUCUUCAAGGAUCCGACCUCCACGUCUCCGUCAUGCUCCCCAACGAACUCAUCCCCAAUGUCUCCUCCAGCCAGACCUUCACAGACCAGUGGGUUCACACCAAUCUCGUCCCCUUUUACCCUCGGACCAUGAUCCGUCACCUCCUAGUCGGAAAUGAGAUUCUGAGCAGCCAGCCAAACAGUACCUGGUUCCAGCUCGUCCCCGCUAUGCGCAAUCUCCGACGAUCCGUCCGGAAAUAUCGGCUCCACAAGGUCAAAGUGGGUACCCCUCUGGCGAUGGAUAUGUUGGAGACGUCGUUUCCGCCGUCGAAUGGAAGUUUCCGGUCGGAUAUCACCGAUAGCGUUUUCCGGCCUCUGCUAAGCUUCUUGGCCGAUUCAAGGUCCUUCUUCUUCUUCGAUGUGUACCCGUAUUUCGCUUGGGCAGCUCAACCCGACGAAAUUGACCUUGACUACACUCUGAUGAAGCAUACGAAUAGGACGUAUUCGGAUCCGGGUUCGGGUUUGACUUACACGAAUUUGUUGGACCAGAUGAUUGAUUCGGUCUAUUUCGCCCUGAAGCGACUCGGGCACCCGGAUCUUCCCCUGUUUAUCGCGGAAACGGGUUGGCCCAGCGCGGGCGACCCCGACCAAAUCGGAUCGAAUAUUUACAACGCCGCCACUUACAACCGCAAUGUCGUGAAGAAGUUCAGCUCGAAGCCGCUGGUGGGGACGCCGGCCAGGCCGGGGGUGGCCGUGCCGGCGUUCAUUUUCGCUUUGUACAACGAGAAUCAGAAGCCGGGUGCGGGAACGGAGCGGCAUUUCGGGCUGUUAUACCCGAACGGCACGAACGUGUACGAAAUUGAUCUGUCCGGCAAGACGCCGGAGUCGGAAUUCAAGCCGCUUCCGAAGCCUACGAAUAACAAGCCAUUUGGAGGGAAAUUGUGGUGCGUGGUGAAUACGACGCAGUCCGUGAAUAAGACGGCGUUGACCGCCGCAUUGGAUUACGCAUGCGGGCAGGAUAAUGGGACUUGCGACGCGAUCCGACCCGGUGGAAAAUGUUACCAGCCGAACGAUCUGAUCCGCCAUGCCAGCUAUGCUUUUAGUGCUUACUGGGCACAGUUUAAACGCAUAGGUGGGACCUGCAGCUUCAAUGGCAUUGCUAAUUCGACGACUAAGGACCCUAGCGAUAAGAUGUGCAAGUUUCCAAGUGUCCAAAACUGAAAGAGUGGACCAUGCGAGAGUUAUGUAGGUGGUGGAACCUACACGAUUAUAUUCUCCAAUGAUGAACCAAGAACCGGCAUUUUGGUGCUCGUGGAAUUUUGUCUUUGCUGAUGGAGCCUACAAGUGUCAAUAUAUGAAGAAUAAUAUAAUCAUCUUUGCUUUGAUGAUUAUAUUUUGCAUUGUGUUUUUCUUUUUAAUAUACUUAGAAAGUUGGAUUGAGAGUAGAAUUGUCACAAAUUCAUACAUGUUAUCAUUUUUUAUAUGGACGUCGGGGUUUUCAACCCAUGUUUGGUUUCUUGGUACAAUAACGUGGUUUAUUUGAUACAAAAUCAAAAUUCAAUGAUAUGAUAGUGUUAAGUGUUAACUGUUAA